AAAAGUAGCAACUACCUUGAAAACUUAUGCUGUGAAAAUGAUGCCGCUUUGAGCGCGGCAUGUAUCGUCAAAAUAGCGAUAACAUCUAUUGAUCAGCUUGGUGAAUCUGAAACUCUCACUAUCAACUUGCGCUCAAGGUCAUUUAGGUUCAUAGAGUUAGAGGAAGAGAAAAAGCAGAAGCUGGAAACAAUUCUGAACAAGUCAAAGUUUCCGAUUUUACUAUUCUAUGAUUUCGCAGAAGAUUACUAUGUUGCUCAAGGAGAAAUUGGUUCUGAUAAAGAGUUAAGUCUGAAGUUUAGACUGUCAGAACCUUUAUAUACUGAUGUCAAUUUGCUGUCGGCUGUUAGUUUUCUGACGAAAACUAAGAAUAUUUUCAUCAGUUUAACCUUAUCAUUAGAGGCAGAUAUGAAUCAAACUUUGCUUGUAACAGAAUACGUUAACGAAAGAUGUGCUGUUGAUUAUGGGCUGCCAAGGAGUCCUGGCUUCAUUUUUGAUCCUAAUUAUAUUGUCAAAAAGGGUAAAAUACGCGACUCUUGGCAAAUGUUUUGGAAAGACGUUUUCUCCGAUUCUGGUUCUGGAUGUUUUGACGAUAUUUAUGAUGGUGAGCAUUGGCUGAAUCCGGACGAUACAAAUACUAUUUUGCGGCUGUGUCAAACUGACGCGGAGUUGAUCUCAGGAGACAGGUCUCUUCCCUGUGAGAGUCCAGAUUUGAUUCCAAAACUGAGGCCCUACCAGAAGGCAGCGGUUCAAUGGAUGCUUCAGAAAGAGAAAAAUUCGGGAAACUGUUUCGUCAACUUCUCAGAUCCCAACAUGCAUCCAUUGUUCCAAAAAGUUACUCUUCCAAAAUUACAAAUUACUUCAAUCGAAAACAUGCAACCGGAUACUUUGUUCCUCAAUGCCUGGACCGGUCAGUUUUCGAUUUCACUACCCCUAGUUGAGAAACCUACUCCAGGAGGAGUGCUGGCCGAUGAGAUGGGGCUAGGGAAGACGUUAGAAAUUCUGGACCUAAUCCUGAAAAACAAACGGGAUGCUGAAGAUAUAGGACAGCAGGGUACUAAAAUAGAAGGGAUUGCUUUCCCUUCCGAAAUCUUAGGUACGAUGAAAGAAACAGGAAGCGAUGUUUGCGGAUUAAGUAACUUGAACUCGUAUGAUGAAAUAAAUGGGGUGACUGAGCUUGCAUGCGUCUGCGGAAAUGUCACUCAUGACCCCGAUGAUCGUGAUGAUAGCAGAUUGGGAACUCCAGUUAAAUGUAGCGAGUGCGAUUCGUGGAUGCACUUCGAGUGUGUAUCUUAUCGCGAGGAGCCACAGAUCGGUCAGAAGAGACGGAAAAAUGGAAAGACCAGAGUGACAGCUGAAUAUCGAAGACAGUUUGUGUGUCCUUUUUGCGUCACUCAGAAAAUGGACAUCGUAAAAGUGAAGACAACGCUGAUAGUAUCUCCGAGUGCAAUUUGCAACCAAUGGAUGACAGAGAUUGAUAAACAUGUCAUCCAAGGGUCGCUCAAAGCACUCAAUUAUACAGGAGUCAGCAGCAAGCAGAGAUUCAUCUGGCCGAGUUUGUUUCAACAGUAUGAUGUGGUUAUUACGACAUUCGAGACACUCAGAGCAGAGUUACUGCACACGAACUUGCAUGAGGACAACAAAGAAGUGCCUUCAAAGCGAGCUAAAGUGCCAAAGCAGAAACUGCUCGAAGCGGAUCCCCACCCCUGCAGACUGCGAAGAGCGAAGAGGUACAGAGCACUGCCCUCUCCCCUCCCCUGUGUGGAGUGGUGGAGAGUGUGUGUAGAUGAGGCUCAGCAGAUUGAGUGUCAUACUGCCCGUGCAACUGAAAUGCUGUUAAAGUUGCAUGCAGUUAACAGGUGGUGUGUCACUGGCACUCCAAUCAGGCGAAACAUCGAAGAUAUCUACGGGCUCAUGUUAUUCCUGAAGUUAGACCCCCUUUACGUGAAUUAUUGGUGGGCGGAAUUGGUUUUAAAGCAACUCAAAGAACCCAUUUUGACCACCGAAAAAGGAACUGCAAGCGAAGAAAGCGAGGUCAAAAAAGGUCUCUGUAACUUAUCCGUCUUGAUGAGAGCCUUGAAGUUUGUUAUUUGGAGAACGUCUAAGGACCAAGUACGCGACCAGAUCUGCAUUCCGAAGCAACAUAUCAGCACAAACAAGAUAAGAUUUUCGCCAAUUGAGUCUCAUUUUUAUAACCGGAAAAAAGAGAAGUGUGCUCGACGAGCUCUGGAGUUGUUGAGAUUGGCUGAUGUGGACAGCGAAUCGGUGUUACUGAAUAGAAUGGACCGUGAGAUCUCUAAGAAGAUUCUCUCUACUGUUGGUGAUCUUAGAAAAUCGUGCAUUCAUCCUCAGAUGGUGAUGGGCGCUUGGGGCUUACAUGGUGCAGUUGACGGAGCAGCAGGUGGCAAUAACAGACUUAUGACGAUGGGCCAAUUAUUAGGCGAGAUGAAGAGCAAAGCAGUGCGUGAAUGUGAAGAGACUGUGCGACAAAUAUGUAGCAGUCUGAAUGGAAUAGCGGGACUGAAGCUCCUACAGCAUGAGAUUGACUCAACUGAUACGCAGAAGUUAGUGGAGGCAGUAGCCGUGUACCGAGAUGUCCUGCUACGUGUGUCCAACUAUGCUCUGGAAGGACUAAGAGUAGAUGCCCUGCCUAGAAUCCACAGUCUGUUCAAUCUGCACAUUGCAUUGCAUAGCUACGAAGAUUUGAUGCCGAAAACAAUGCGAGAUGCAACGUUGCUCGAAGAGUGCAGAUCACUGAAGUUGGAAUAUCUUGCGGUAUUUGAGAAAGAUGUAGUUAUCGCGCAUUCAAAAUGGAACAAAAUACAUUCCAAGAUAACAGAAAUUAAAAAGAAGAUUGAGUUCAACGCGUGGCUGGCGGAGAUCAGUGAGUGUGUGGUGGAGGGAGGAUGGGAACAUGAGCUGGUGGACAGAGUUUACACUGAUCUUCAGAGGCAUAUGAAGACUGUUAGAGAAGAAUUUCGAACAGUAAUCGGCUUAGAAUAUUUCGUCUACUCUCAACUAGAAGAAGUUAAAAAAGUGCGAGACUCGUGUUGCACUAGCGUUAACAGUCUAAAUUGCCAACUGGACAAUACAUCGAUCGCACAGAGUUACCAUUGCCACUUGAAAUUGCAAAAGGAAUCCAAACGCCUUUUAAAUGGAAUCUCGUCGCCGAGCAAGAGAACGAAAAAGUGUAAAUUUUGUGUCGUGCAAAUCGAGCUACAAAGAUAUGAGCGGCUUCUGUUUGAUUCGAAUUGGAGCAAUAAGGCGGCCAACGAUAACCUAGAUUUCGACAGCGCAGAAGAGCCUGCGGCUCUUUGGAAGCCCUCUCGCCUCGAACUAGUGUGCGCCUCUAUCAGUGCCUUUACUGCAGUUAAAGAUCUUACCAAAGAAAACCAGGACCAAGCCAAGCACGUGAAGUCUUUCUUAGUUCUCCUGAGAGAGGAGUUCAAAGAACUGAGGGACUUCUGGAGGUGUCUGACGAAUAGAGUGGCAGGUCACGAUGAGUUGAGAAUGGCAACGGAGAGAUUCAGGCUGUACAACGAAGUGAAUGAUGGGAUCAUGAGAAAUGAAGAGCUGUCUACGAAUGUAUUGAAGCCGCAUAUGGUUCCCAUAACUUUGAAACGUUUGGAGAAUGAUUUGGCCCUGUACGAAAAUGAGCUUCUGGAGAGGAAAGGACGGAAAAUCUACCUGGAAAACUUGGAGAAGACUAAGCAAGAGAACGAGCAGAGUUCAACAGCUGGUGGAUCCACGGAUGUCGACGUGUCUAAGGCAAUAGAGCCUUGUCCUGUAUGCAAAGGCCCGUUUGAGAAACAGUGGGCAGUGUUUGCUUGUGGACACAGCUUCUGCCUCAAAUGUCUUGCUCUUCUGCUUGAUGACCCGAACUUCUCUUCUUUGACCGCUGACCCCAACCUUCCACCUCAGCUGUCACCUCUGACGCUGAUGCGCCCGAAGAAGAAUAAUGUGAAGUGCCCCCUGUGUAGAAAGUGUGCGUCUGUUUCGACAAUCAGUUUUGUCACAACGGAGAAUCGGGAGCUAGAAGUAUCUUCUAAAAAUGUCGUCGGUGAUAUCAAGGGAGAUUUGUCGGCGAAAACUCACGAAUUGGUCAAGUUGGUGAAAGGAAUAAUCGAUUCAGAUGCCACUGCUAAAGUCCUAAUAUUCUCGAGUUGGAACGAAGUGUUGACGAUUCUUGCUUAUGCUUUCGAAUUGAAUGAGGUCCCCUUUCUACUUCACAAAUCUGGAUCAGCAUUCCAGGGCGUACUAAAUAAGUUCAAGCGGGACAAUGUGUUCCCAGUCUUACUGCUUCCCUACAAAUCGAGUAGCAGUGGGCUAAAUAUAAUAGAAGCGAACCACGUAAUAAUAGUGGAGCCAGUGUUGAAUCCAGCUGUAAUUCAUCAGGCCAUAGGAAGAGUGGACCGCAUAUCACAGUGCAGGGAGACAUAUGUGCACUUCUUAUUGAUCGAAAACUCAGUCGAGGAUAAACUCUGCCAGAUUCUGCCUCAAUUCAACAACAGACCGUGCAAAAAGGCUAAAUCAGCGUUGGAAACGACUCCUCCUAUUAGUUUACAAGACGUCAGAAACAUUUUUACCUGAUCAAAUUAAUUUUACAAAUGUCUCUAUUCUGAUUAGUUAGUUUAUAAUUCCUUUAUUACUUCCAAAUUUUUUGAAUGUACUGUGUAUGUUGUAUUUAUCAAGUUCUGCAAAUUGA